AAGGUUUUCUUUUUCGAAAAAAUCUACUCUCUCUCUCUCUCCCUCCCUCCUUCUGGGUUUUUGGCUCGAGAGGUACAGGGACGAGAAAUGGCGACGGAGAGCAGUGGUUCGCAAAGCAGAGAGCUUGAUCAGACUCCGACAUGGGCUGUUGCUGGUGUUUGUGCUCUUAUUAUUCUCAUCUCCAUUGUGCUAGAGAAGGUCCUUCACAAAGUUGGAACGUGGCUUACUGAAAGGCAUAAGAGGGCUUUAUAUGAGGCUCUGGAGAAGAUCAAAUGUGAGUUGAUGAUUCUAGGCUUCAUUUCGUUGCUUCUGACGUUUGGGCAGAGCUACAUUGCCAAGAUAUGUAUCCCAAUAAGCGUAGCCGAAACAAUGUUGCCGUGCGCGAAAAGUUUGACCACUGAAGAGAGACGGCGGAGACUUUUAUGGUAUGAAAGGAGAUCUUUGGCGGCUGGUAGCUAUGCUUCUAAUUGCUCAUCGGGAACCCCGCUAAUAUCUGUCAAUGGAUUGCAUCAAUUGCACAUCCUCAUAUUCUUCCUCGCCUUCUUUCAUGUGUUGUACAGUGCUGUUACCAUGUUGCUUGGAAGACUAAAGAUCCGUGGCUGGAAGCAAUGGGAACAAGAAACUUCAUCUCAUGACUACGAGUUCUCUACUGAUCCUUCCAGAUUCAGACUCACUCAUGAAACAUCGUUCGUUAAGGUUCAUUCCAGCUUUUGGACAAGGAUUCCUUUCUUCUUCUACGUUGGAUGUUUCUUUCGACAGUUUUUCAGGUCGGUUCAUAAGACAGACUACUUGACAUUGCGAAAUGGGUUCAUUGCUGUCCAUAUAGCCCCUGGGAGUAAAUUUAAUUUCCAGAAAUAUAUCAAGCGGUCACUAGAGGAUGACUUCAAGUACGUGGUUGGAGUAAGUCCUGUGCUGUGGGCUUCCUUUGUAAUAUUUUUGCUUCUCAAUGUUAAUGGAUGGCAUGCACUGUUUUGGGCUUCAUUGAUCCCUGUAAUUAUAAUAUUAGCUGUCGGAACGGAACUUCAAGCGGUUUUGACAAAGAUGGCUCUGGAAAUCACUGAAAGGCAUGCGGUUGUUCAAGGAAUUCCUCUGGUACAAGGCUCAGAUAGAUACUUCUGGUUUGGUCGGCCUCAGUUAGUUCUUCAUUUUAUCCAUUUCGCCUUGUUUCAGAAUGCAUUUCAGAUCACAUAUUUUCUGUGGAUUUGGUACUCUUUCGGCUGGGACACUUGCUUCCAUGACAAUGUAAAGCUUGCAAUCGUGAAAGUUGCUCUAGGGAUAGGAGUCCUAUGUCUCUGCAGCUACAUCACUCUUCCCUUAUACGCCCUCGUAACUCAGAUGGGCUCGGGCAUGAAGAAAUCAAUCUUUGACGAGCAGACAUCGAAGGCUCUAAAGAAGUGGCACAUGGCGGUGAAAAAGAAGCAAGGCACACAGGGUGGCAAAUCCCCUACUCGGAUGUUUGGUCGGAGCCGGAGCCCAAGCCCAAGCUCGUCGACCGUGCGAUCUUCAAGCCACAGGCUGCGCCGCUUCAAGACGACCGGGCACUCAGUUCGCUCGUACGACUAUGACGACAACAAUCUAUCUGAUAAUGACGGGGAUACAAUGUUGCCGACAUCCGAUACAAAGAAUUUAGUCACGAAAGUUGAUCCUGAGGAUCAAGUUAUACAUGUGAACGACUCUGAUCACGGGGAUAGAGCCAGUGAUACCGAUGAAUUUUCGUUCACUAAGACUGCCCCAAUGAAAGAACCGCGAACGGCUGGCUAGGCUUACGACUCCAGUUGAGGGCGACAGUUGCCUAGGGAAUGUAGUUGUCCGGCGGCUGUUGAGAAUGGCACAGCAUGGAGGAAGUAACCAACUCUGUUCCGCUGUGGGCUCGACAACCCGAAUUUUCGUCAGGGGUCUUCUACCCACUGUUUGUAGUUCGCGUGACACCCAUAAUCUAUGUGGUAACAGUGAUAUUUCUGUUGGAACUGGUCAGUUUUGUGCAGUUACCAUAUUUCUUGCCA